AUGUCACUGUCAGGUAAAGAGAAUAGUACUGGGGACGUGGCUAUGGAUUUAAGGACAUGGAUAAGCGCCGCCCUUUCCAACCAGGAAACAUGUCUCGACGGCUUCGAGGGCACUAAUGGAAUUAUCAAAAAAGUUGUGGCCGGUGGUCUCAGCCAGGUCGGUAAAACUGUCCGAAAUCUUCUAACCAUGGUUCAUUCUCAAUCCAAGCCCAAGCCUAAGCCCAAUGAAGCUCACAAAACAACCACCGCUCAUAGGGGCUUCACUAAAUUUCCCUCAUGUGUUGGACCCGGUGAUUGUAAGUUGCUGCAGACUGGUGGCUUAUCAAUGGUGGCCGAUGCAGUUGUAGCAGCAGACGGGACGGGGAACUUCACCACGAUAAGCGAGGCGGUGUUGGCUGCACCAGACUAUGGUACCAAAAGAUAUGAGAUACAUGUGAAAAGAGGUGUAUAUGUGGAAAAUGUAGAGAUUAAAAAGAAGAAAUGGAACAUUAUGAUGGUUGGUGAUGGCAUUGACGCCACAGUAAUCACCGGUAACCGAAGCUUCAUCGAUGGUUGGACCACUUUUCGGUCUGCUACUUUUGCUGUGAGUGGAAGAGGAUUUAUCUCACAAGACAUAACAUUUCAAAACAGAGUGGGGCCGGAUAAACACCAGGCGGUUGCAAUUCGGUUGGACUCGGAUCUCGGGGUUUUCUAUAGAUGCGCUAUGAGAGGUUACCAAGAUACUCUCUACGCCCACACAAUGCGUCAAUUCUUUAGAGAAUGCAUCAUAACAGGCACCGUAGACUUCAUAUUCGGAGAUGCCACAGCCGUAUUCCAAGACUGCCAAAUCAAAGCCAAACAAGGUUUACCAAACCAGAAGAACAGCAUCACGGCUCAAGGACGGAAGGAUCCAAACCAGCCGACCGGAUUCACGAUCCAAUUUAGCAACAUAACGGCUGAUGCUGACUUACUUCCAAACUUAAAUACGACCGCUACUUAUUUGGGUCGUCCUUGGAAACUAUAUUCUAGAACAGUGUUCAUGCAAAACUACAUGAGUGAUGUACUCAAACCCGAAGGAUGGCUCGAAUGGAACGGAGAUUUUGCAUUGGACACAUUGUACUAUGGCGAGUAUAUGAACAAUGGACUGGGUGCUAGCCUUGACCGUCGUGUUAAAUGGCCAGGAUACCAUGUUCUGAAUAUGUCGACCGAGGCUAUCAAUUUUACGGUUGCUCAGUUCAUACAAGGAAACUUGUGGUUGCCAGCAACAGGUAUAAGCUACACUGCUGGUCUAACUUCGUAA